GGCUUAUAGGCAUGAGAUGACAACCAGACAGGAACAGUCAAAGCACAUAUUUUCUAAUUUAUGCAUUGGAUUUUUUGUUUUUUUUUGCUUUUGCUAAGCUUUGUGUGUUUGACGGGUUUGAUUUGACAACAAUGUAUAGGAAUGUUUUCUUCAAGACCGUGAACUUGAUAAAAAGUGAUCUGAUCUGCACCCCACGAAAUCAUCUCAUCACUCGGUGUUGAAUAGCAUUAGUUACAGGGGAAUUUGCAAAACCCCACAAUUUUACUUCCUUUUGUAAAACUUGUGUUCAUCAAAGACCAAUCUAAUCUAUAUUUAUAAAAUUUUGUAUACUUCAAAUGUGUCAGACCACACUUAAAAUUAUACUUGCUUUGCUGUUCAUGUUGCUUUCUAAAGUGUAUAGUCUUUGUUUUGUCCCCAUUAAUAGUGCUCCAUAAACUCAAAAUAUUUAACAUUUUUUGUAAAUUAAUCUCUGUCUCUGCCAUCAACACAAUAUCAUCUACAUACAGCAAAACACUUAAAUUCACAUUAUCAAUUUCUGUGCCCAAAUUGGCCUUCUUCAGUUCUUGUGCUAAAUCAUUAACAUAAAUAGUGAAUAAUAUAGGGGAGAGAACAUCCCCUUGCUUCACUCCGUAUGGUCCUAAGAUUAUUGAUAUGCAGACAUGAGACAGGAGCUUUGUAGAGGGCUUUGAUGGCAUCAUAAAAUUUACUGUUAAUACCAAGACAUAAUAAUUUGUAUCCAAGAAGGUUUCUGUUGAUUCAGUUUUUCCGUUCUUUUAGUCUUGUUCUCACUACAGAGGACAGAACAUAAGUAUGGUCAAUACAGGCUCUGUAGAAGAAGUUGUUUUGUUAACUUGCUUGAUUGCAUUGUUUCUUUGUUAGGAGAAAUUGUUGUGAUACACUGAUACAUUUUUUUCCUCCAAUUAUUAUUUGGUUUUUAUUUGUGAACUAAGGAUCAGAGUUAGCUCUUAGCUACCCCAACAAAAACCUGCUGAUGAUAAUGAAACUGUUAAUUUUGAUUAAUGUGCAUUUUCCUAUUUCAAACAACAAAUUCAAAGGGCAACCCAAUAGCAUAGAAAUACCCCCAAAAUUACAAAAGAAAUACCUAAUACUGGGUUCGUUUUUUUUUUUUUUAAAUAGGGGUGUAGUACCAAACUCUGUCGCUAUGAUGUAUGAGUCAGCCAUUGUACAAACAAGUCCAGUUAGUCUAGGUGAAAAAAAAAAAAAGUGAGAGCCAAUGAGCAGCAGUCACAGUGCAUUUAUUUGUUCUCUCUCUGUUGGCUGUAACAUUCCUUCUCCUGCCAGACUGACUGAAUCUUAACCUUGGACAAGAGAGAAGAGGAGCUGCAACAUGGGGAACACCCGUUCUGCUCUGAAACAAAAAGAGGAAGAACUGAAAUCAGUCAAAAACAGAUUAAUUGAGAUUGAAACAUUUUACAAAGAGAAACUUCAGGAGGCAAGAUCUGCUCUGAAACAAAAAGAGGAAGAACUGAAAUCAGUCAAAGACAGCAAAAGCCUUAACAGUGAAGACAAAUCCAGCUGCCAACGGUGUGAACAACAUGAACGUGAACACAAAGAAAGCAUGACUGAGAUGGAAACAUUUUACAAAGAGAAACUUCAUGAGGCAAGAUCUGCUCUGAAACAAAAAGAGGAAGAACUGAAAUCAGUCAGAGACAGUUGGACUGAGAUGGAAAGAUUAAACCAAGACAAACUUAAUGAGGCAAGAAGACUUAAGAAUGAAGAGGGUGUGAACUCCAGCUGCCAACGGUGUGAACAACAUGAACGUGAACACAAAGAAAGCAUGACUGAGAUGGAAACAUUUUACAAAAAGAAACUUCAUGAGGCAAGAUCUGCUCUGAAACAAAAAGAGGAAGAACUGAAAUCAGUCAGAGACAGUUUGACUGAGAUGGAAACAUUAAACGAAGAGAAACUUCAUGAGGCAAGAUCUGCCCUGAAACAAAAAGAGGAAGAACUGAAAUCAUUCAAAGACAGAAUGGCAGCUGAGCUGGAAGAAGACACAAAGAGCAUGAACAUCCCAGUUAGUCAAACACCUGCUGAGAUACAAACACACCAAAAGAAUCUUUAUGAGGCAAGAUCUGCUCUGAACCAAAAAGAAGAAGAACUGAAAUUAGUCAGAGACAGAAUGACUGAGAUGGAAAGAUUGAACCAAGAGAAACUUCAGGAGGCAAGAUCUUCUCUGAAACAAAAAGAGGAAGAACUGAAAUCAUUCAGAAUCAGUUUGACAGACAUGGAAAGAUUGUACCAAGGCAUUCAUUGGGCCAGAUCUUCUCUGAAACAAAAAGAGGAAGAACUGAAAUCAGUCAAAAACAGAAUGACUGAAAUGGAAAGAUUAAACCAAGAGAAACUUCAUGAGGCAAGAUCUGCUCUGAAACAAGAGGAGGGACAAAUAGAGUCAUUAGAAGACAGAUUGAUUAAGAUGUGCACAUAUCAAAAGAAUCUUUAUGAGGCAAGAUCUGCUCUGACACAGAAAGAUCAAGAAUUGAAAUCACUGAAAGACAGAAUGACUGAGAUGGAAACAUUGUACAAAGAAAAACUUCAUGAGGCAAGAUCUGCUCUGAAACAAAAAGAUGAAGAACUGAAAUCAGUCAGAGACAGAGUUGCACCUGACUUGACUCUUUCAAUAAAGACAGGAGACACUGAGAGCAUGAACAACCCAGUCAGUAAAACCAAACUGACAGAGAUGUAUAACAAACUGAAACUGCUGCAGUGGCCUAAAAUCAAAGAUCAUCUGAAAUCUAAUGCUGUGAGCAGAGAGUUUACCAGAGAUCUGACUCAGAAAAUGUUUAAAGAUGCAGCAGAAGAAAUGGAGAGAAAGAAGAAGCAGAUAGAUGAAGUGUUUGGACUGAUUGAGAACAGCAGUGGACUAACACCUCAGAAGGUUAAAGAGUUCAGACAGUUAACAAUUCACAGUCUUCAGAUGAAUCUGCACCACAGCAGGAAAGAAGAUCUUCUUCAGAGUCCUUUCCUUGAUGAUGAAGCUCAGUACUCCCAGGAUGUGAUGGAGAACUUCAGACUUCUGGCCUCUGAAUGCUACUGGUUGGGUUGUUUGAUGGCUUUAAACAAUCCUCCUCUUCAGCCGGACUGGGAGAAUCAUGUUCCUGGGAUGGACGCUUGGGACAUUUUCCCACGAAACAUCAAGUCUGUUUAGAUCAUGAAGAGGAAGUAAAUUCAAAAAAUUAAACCAAAAAUCUGUCUCAUUUUAGUAUUAGGGAUCACAAAUUACUACCUGCUAUUAACUCCAAGGUGUGAAUGAAGAAUUUUUUAAAGUUAUUUAUUAUGAAUGGGCAUUUUGAUUACUUUUUGAAGUCGAUUAAUCAAGCCAGUUAAAGUCUAUUAGUCCUGACGUCAUCGUUAACAUGUGCCCUCCACCCAAUAGAGUCAUGUUUUUUGCACUGUAGUGUAGUGUGCACUAACUUUACCUCUCAAGCUCCACUCAUCAACAAAGCACCUCAGACUAGUUCUCAGCAGUGUCUCUCAUCUGUACUGAGAGUUUAAGCACAGAACAUGAAAUCUUCCAGUCACCGUCGAUGUAACUGUGACAGUGACCAAAAAAAAUCUGAUGUGAGAGCUGUCCAUGUCACGAUCACUUUAUAUAAUGUUAAAACUCAUUUUAAAGCAGAUAAGGAUUUUUCUCAUCAGAUGUCUGGAUCUUGCGUAAUCAGAAAAACAAGCUGAGCAAACAGCUGCUCUUAACGUCCUGUGUCACAGAGAAACACUUUUUAUAAAAUAUGAAACUGCUUUAUUCAAUGAGGCCUCCGUGGAUAAAUCAGCUCACAGUAUAAAUUUUAACAUAAAAACAAGCUGUGUCUAGAAACAACGUCAGCUAAUGUUAGCGCAGCUCGUUCAUCAGGCCACAGGCCGUUAUUAAACUAAUUUUGAAUGUGAAACAAUAACUCCUGUGAAGACCAUUAAGCAAGCUCCCCCCAGCAUAAUGCCGUAAUUUGCUUCUUUUUAUUGCAGAGGUCUGUUGCACCAUACAGAGCAAGUGCAGAGAUGCAGUGCUUGGCAGAAACAGAACCAUAAACAUUAGUUCCAUAUCUCUCCUCCAACCUCCACCCGAUAAAAAGUUUGUCAAAUAAAGAUUUGUCGAUUUUUUAAAAUAGAUUAAUCAACUAAUUGAUUAUUCUUGCCCAUCCCUAUUAUUUAUAUCAAUUAACUUUGAUUAUUUAAAGCCUCUAUAGGUUAGUGAUGAUUAUG